UCUUCGUCCUCGCCUUCCUCCCUCCGCACUUUACUUCUUCUUCCUUGGUCACCUUUGUCGGUCGUUGCCAUGUUUCCCUUUUCCUUCUGGAUGUUUCCUAAUUGGAGUUGGUCGUGUAUAUUCCUAGCGCUUUUUCUAUUCCGCUAUGUGAGAUUAUAUAUCAACCUGGCCGCUUAUUGGUCGUAUAGACCAAUCCAGCCUAUCGAGGAGCCGACCGUCACGUCACAAGACAUGACUGUUAUUAUACCGACCGUGGCCGAGGAUAUCCAGCAACUCAAGGAAACAGUUCAGACUGCAUAUCGCCUGGAACCUUUUGAGGUUCUUCUCGUGACCCCGGAUUCGCGAGUCAAGCGUGUAUACCAAAUGGUCGAGGAGCUCGGUUGCCCAAAGAGAUUACAGGUUCUGUCCGUUAGCCAGGCAAACAAGCGCCGACAGCUUUCUCGGGCCAUUCCCGAAGUGCAGACCAAGAUCACCCUUUUGCUCGACGACGACGUGUGGCUACCGGAGAAGUUUACAAAAUGGAUUUUAGCGCCCUUUGAAGACUCACGCGUGGGUGGCGUGGGCACGAAUCAGCAGCUCCGCCGACUCGACCGAUCCAGCAUCUGGGAGUUCCUUGGUGCGAUCUACUUGGUACGCCGCAACUUCGAUUGUACAGCUUGCAAUUGGAUAGAUGGGGGGCUUCCAUGUCUCUCUGGACGAGCAGUGGCAUAUCGAUCCGAAAUCCUCCAAGAUCCCAACUUUACCUACGGAUUCACACACGAAACAUGGGGAAGCGAUCACUUCCUCAAUGCCGAUGACGACAACUUCAUCACACGAUGGCUAUUUUCACACAACUGGAAAAUCCAGCUCCAAAACCACCGCGAGUGCGAAGUGGAGACGACAUUGGAAGAUGACUCCAAGUACCUCCGGCAGUGCCUUCGAUGGGUACGCAGCAACUGGAGGAGCAAUCUGACCAGCUUGAGCGAGCUGCAUAUGUGGAUGAACUACCCUUGGUCACUAUAUGCCGUUUUCCAAACCACGAUCACGCAGUGGGCGUUCGUCAUCGACUGCGUGCUAUUCGCUUGCUUCUACUUUGCGCUGUCGGAUGCUGGAUACUACUCGGCCCAGGAUGUGGGCGAGGAUGGGGCUCGAAGCCUGAAUUGGCAGCGGGCGCUGCUCUGGGCCCUCUUUGCCGGGCAUUGGCUGUUCUCCAAGACGAUCAAGCUAGUGCCCCAUUUGCUGCGAAACCCGGGCGAUGUUCGAUUCGUGCCCGUGUCGGUGCUGUUUGGAUAUUUCCACAAUCUCAUCAAGAUGUACGGGUGCAUCACGGUCACAGAGACCACCUGGGGCACCCGUGAGGGCGCUGACGCCGACGACAACAUCAGAAUGAUUCCCAUCCCCAACAUGGCCGCCAUCACCCCGCCGUCCACCCCUCCGCCUCAAGGGCGACGCAUGCUCCGCGAGCGAGGCACACCGAUGACCGCCAUGCCUUGA